AACAGAGGCAAGUACUGUCAUCUCUGAGGAACGGAAGGCAAAAAAGUCAUUGGAGAGAUCAUGCUGAGAGCUCUCAAGGGCACUGGGCAGACACAAAGAGAGAGAAAGCCAAGAUAGGGGAAUGUUGGCAAGACUGGCAUGUUUGGUGACGCUGAUUCCACGACUGAUUCUGCGAUACCUGAAACAGCUGUGGUCGUACAGACAUUACCCUCCUGGUCCUCUUCCACUUCCUGUCAUUGGAGGCCUAUGGCGGCUUGGGAUCAGGCUAUCUCAGGAUACUUUCACUAAGGUGGCGGAGUGCUACGGAGACAUAUAUACCCUAUGGAUUGGGCACAUCCCUAUGGUAGUCCUGUCUGGUUACCAAGCAGUGAAAGAAGGCCUGAUUGACCACUCCGAUGACUUAGCAGACCGGCCAGUGACCCCUUUCAUUGAAGCUGCCUUAAGAGGGAGAGGCAUUGCAUUUUCGAAUGGACACACUUGGAAGCAGCAGAGACGAUUUGGGCAAAUGACCAUGAGGAAGCUGGGCCUGGGGAAGAAAGGCAUGGAGCGCCAAAUAGAAGAGGAGGCCCACCAACUUGCGAAGACAUUCUCACAGGCAAAGGGACAGCCAUUUGAUCCUUCAGUACCCCUCACCAAAGCAGUCUCCAAUGUGAUAUGUGCUCUGGUUUUUGGACACCAGUUUUCUACCGAGGAUGAAAACUUGCAGAAAAUGUUGGAAACUCUUGACUGGGGCUUACAAUUUGGAGGAAGCUUCUUUCAUGCUCUGUAUGAGUUGUUUCCAUGGCUUAUGAAACAUCUCCCAGGGCCUCACAAGAAAGCACUGGCAGCCAUGGACAUGGUGAUUUCACUUGUAAAGAAAGAAGUGAAGAAUCAUAAGGAGGAACAGUCCCUGCACGAACCACAGGAUUUCAUUGACUUCUACCUUCUUCAGAUAGAGAAAACUAAUGAUAAUCUCUAUACAACCUAUGAUGAGGAAAACCUGGCUGAAUGUAUUAUUGAGUUUUUUGGAGCUGGAACUGAGACAACAGCUGUGACCCUGAAGUGGGCAAUACUUCUGAUGGCAGUUCACCCAGAAAUCCAAGGUAAAAUCCAGAAGGAGAUCGAAGAUGUUUUUGAUGCUUCUUGCUCUAUCUGCUAUCAAGACCGGAAAAAACUGCCCUACACCAAUGCUGUGAUUCACGAGAUCCAGCGUGCAAAAUAUGCCUUUUUAUUGGGGGUUCCCAGACAAAAUGUGAAGGAUGUGACCAUACAUGGUUCAUUCAUUCCAAAGGGCACCUUUAUCAUGCCGGAUCUGCGCUCUGUUCUUCUUGAUCCCAAGCAAUGGGAGACCCCCAAAGAAUUCAACCCGCAACAUUUCUUGGACAAAGAUGGAAAAUUUUUGGCCAGAGAGGCGUUUCUUGCUUUUGGGGAAGGGGCUCGAGUGUGUUUGGGAGAGCAGCUAGCAAGAAUUGAACUCUUCAUCUUCUUCACAUGCUUGUUGAGGUCAUUCAGCUUCCAACUACCACCAGGAGUGAAAAAACUCAAUACGAACCCUGCGGUUGGGUUGACGAUGCACCCACGUCCUUAUAAACUCUGUGCUGUUCCCCGCUGCAACACAUCGUAGCCCUUAAAAU